CAAUUUUGUAAAAAAUGUAUUUUUAUAUCUUUAUUUAAUUUUGUAUUUAUUUUAUUAGAAUACGGGAAGAGAAGAUAACUUUUUGCUUUUAGCUGUUAAUGAUGUAUUUCGUGCAAAUAUUGGAGAUAGUUCUUGUUAUGUUUACUGCGAUAUUGGUGUCUGCGCUUGUAGAUGAGCCAUACUGCUCUGCCCGAUACAGAAGACUGUGCCAAGGAAAGGGAAGGCAUGUGGCCUGUCAGUUUGUCAGUCCAGGGCCGGGUGAAUACUGUCAGAACUACUCGAGGAUCAACCUAACACGGGAGCUUAGAGUAUAUAUAACAAACUACAUAAAUAGGCGGAGACAGCGUGUAGCGGCGGGCGCCGAGCGGGUGCGGGGAGGAGCUCGACUACCACGACCGAGCUUGAUGAUGAGGGUGAUCUGGGAUCCAGAGCUUGCACAUCUCGCACAGCGGUUGGCCAAUCAAUGUCAGUUCGUGCACGACGACUGCAGAGCUACUAUACGCUAUCCAUACGCCGGCCAGAGCGUUGGUGAGGUCCGGUGGAGACGCUCCGGCGACUCGGAGGAGGUGAGCGUCCUGCGAGCGGUGAGACGCGUGCUGGACGCCUGGUGGGGGGAGCGACGUAGAGCAGAGCCCGGUCACCUGACACAGCCCUUCCGACUCGCCAACAAAGGCAACGUGUGGGGACACUUCAGCCAGCUGGCAGUGUGGCCGCUGGAGGCUGUGGGGUGCGGAGCUGUGCGACACGGCAGACCACACCCUCGACUGCUGCUCGUGUGUGACUUCUCGCACACCAACAUGCUAGGCCAGCGCACUAUAGAGCCGGGCCCCCUGGCCCCAUGUCCUGUCUUCACUGCGAGGAAAACUGGCUCACCCUACCCACUGCUGUGCUCGCCGAUAAAAAGGCGUACUCAACCUUCGGACCGCAAUAAAGAAGAAGAUGAUUACGAAGAGAAUGAGACAAGAUACGAAUAUGACGAGGCCGAGAUGACAGACCCUGCUGACGAUGUGAAAGAGACCAUCCGAAAGUACAAUAAAAACAGAAUUAGUAACUCCAAGAGUAGUAUGAAGACUGAAAGCUUUCCUAGAAGACGGCCCGCUAAUGCUGUGGAUAGACUGGAGAAUGAGCUCUCUGUAAACAAAAGGGUGGAGGUGGAGACGUUAAGGAGCGACAGGGAACCUAAGAGACCGUUAUUUGCACAUCCAGGAGAAGACCUUGAAAAGAAACAAGAUGUCGCGGAGAUAAAGGAAGACGUAUACUCUCCAAAGGCACGGAGACCACCAGACUCUGAAGACAUUCCUUACAGGGACGUAACGCAAGACAGAGAUGGAAACAGGCACAAAGACGACCACAGAGGCCUGGCGUUCAUGCACUUCUCAAUAAACAAGUUGGCGAACGGCCCUCGCAGAAAACACUUGCGGCAUCGCUGAAGAUUGACAAAGAAGAUUGCGAUCAGUUAUUUUCAGACACCGGGUUCAGAAUUAAAAACAGAAAAAAACGAUAAAUAAAAUAUUUUUUUAAACA